AUGUUUGGCCGCCGGAAGAGAAGCAGAAGCUCUUCUCAUCACCAGCCACUUCCCACACCUGCAUCCCAAUCAGCGCAGUCUGCCGCCAGCCAUGCUUUCUUGAAAUCCCAACCCUCCACGAGUAGUCUUUCGUCGGCCGCCGCGGCUGCUGCUCUUCGGAAUCGCACGCCAACCCCAACAUCCGUGGAAAAUGUCCAAACUAAGCGUAUGGUCCAACGGGCGGCCUCGACCCAUUCACCGCAUAAUUCAAUGUCCAAUCGUCGCUCAGCCAGCGUCAGCGGACCUUUGCGUCGAGCCAAUAGCUCAAGUUCAAUGUCGGCCAGGACCUUUCGGGAGCCAUCGCCUCAUCGCCCGUCGACAAGUUCUGGCCCCGUUAAUGUCCAACGAACCGCCGGGGCCCCUCCGCUACCAAACUUACCCGCGCAGUAUACGCCACAAAGACAAGCUUCCCGUCGCGCUGCAAGUCUCGAACCUACGAUGCGAUCGCCUCCAGCAUCCCCGCCACGAGUAUCCACGCGAGGAGUCAGCUCCGAUCGAGGGGGAGCAAGCUCACCUUUGCACAACCGGAUCAGCAGCUUGAGUACGGUACCCGAGUUCGACCGACCAGGAAGCCGAGAAUCGGUCAAUUUUUCAUACCCCAGAGGUGCUCGACCGAACUCGCCACCCUUGACACCAUCGAUUCCCGAGGAUCAGCCUAUCAGCUUGGGAGCGGUUGUGACCGGUGGUGGAGCACAGGGAAGUGGAACACAGCAAAGUACGCCUGAGAAAUCGACAAAUACGAGGCCCAAGGAUCAGGUGGUAGAAGGAAGCCAGGCGAGCAAGUCCGCGGGUCCCUCCGUAGGCGCUGCUGCGGCUGCAGCUGCUCAGGCAGUUGGCGAAAAAAGUAGCUCUCGUGCGGACCCCUCUCAUGCAAGGGUUGACCAGCUAGAGCACGACCCUUCAUCAAUCAGCAGUCCUGACAAUGAACAUCCUUCUUCUCGAACCGGCCCUGAAAGACGGCCCGUUGCUGUUCGGGAGAUCGAGCCAGAGGUCAAUGCGAAAACCGAGGCUUCUCGAAAUGAAGCUGGAAAUCGACUAUCCGCAGCAUCUCCAACAUCGGACCGUGUUGACACAAUAGUGACACCCCAGUCUUCUCCUUCCGCUGCAAAGGGACUAAAGGAGCAAGAAGUUAACCCCCACCAGUCAAAUAGCCCUGGCCGGUCAGCCCGAUUCUCCAAAUGGCUUUCGGUCAGCAGUUCUGGAGAUCAGAUUCAUCAGCCCCCCGCGCGAUCCGUGUCUCCAGUCAAGUCUGCCCUGAAGCAUCCUCGUGGAAGCUCUCUAUCUCCGGAAAGAAAGGUGUCGCUCACCGGACAGCCUAUUCACCCGCCUAGUGAGAUAUCCGAUGGAACAUCAGUGGGGUCCGAUGAGGGACAUCGCCUUGGCGUCAAAAAGAGAGCUCCCAAAGUGAGUUUCGAUGAUGAAGCUGAAAUUGUCGGUGUUGCCGCUAGCCCUCCUACAUCCCCCGAGGACUACACAGCCGGCUCACCUCCCAAAUCUAAGUCUCGCAUGAGCUGGCUCGGUGUUGGUAAAAAGAAGCAGGCUUCAUCUGACUAUGCCUCUGGAGAUGACGAUUUUGGUGCAGUAUUAAAGCCGCGAUCGGUACUUCCUUCCUUUGGUAGCGUACGAGGGAACCGAGAUGGUGGUUCCCAGGAACCUGUCAUCCCUGAGUACAGUGAUAAUGAUUCUAGCGAUUCAUCAGACGAUGAGGCGGUAGUCGCCCCAAUUUCAUUCUCUCAUGACCAUGCUAUCGGAGGUAUUUUACCCAAUGUUCGCUCACAGGACACCACGAAUAUGAACACCGUGGAGCGAUUCUCUGUCAAUGGAGAGCACACGCCAUCUCAGCCGAAGGCCGUAAUGGAUAAAAGGUUAGAUGGCAUGGCUAUUGGAGGCAUCACGGAGCAACCACCCUUCAAUGCUCCCGUGGGUUCAAAUCUGCCUCCGCCUUCUAUUGCAGUGGAGCCCGCUACACCUCCGGUUGACAGCGACCGACCCAGUCGUGAGCUGCAGCGCGCGAAGCGAUCAAGUCUUGAGCAAUACCAGAUUCCGGGUGGCUUCCCGCCCUCGGCCUCGGACCGCAGCCUAAAAUCUACUGCGGAAUCUCAAAUGACAAAGAACCAGCCUGUGGCCAAUGCCGUCCCAAAGCACGUGGAUGACGUGGAUACGGAGGGAGAAUCUGGUGACAGUGUCUACAGUGAUGCUGAAGAGGGCUUUGAUGGAGAUGGCUUUGGAUCUAUCAAUGCCAUCGUUGACAGCAAGUCAAUUCCCAGGUCAGCCCCUGUGGAAACAGCCAGCGAAAGCCGUGACCCUACCCCCAAGCCGCUGGAUCGAGCUGUAAUUAUUGAGGAUGCGUCGCAAGACAUCACCGACCAGGCUGCCGAUGAAGGUCGUGUAACACCCACCCAAGAUUCAGUUGAUCGUGAGGUUGAAGGUUUCACUACCACAAUGCCUGCUCUACAAGAAGACGAGCCCUCGAGUCCAUCUCUACCUCUCAAUUCGAACCCCCGAGGAGCAACAAAUGGGACUACACAUCCAGGUCCACGUCAGCAGAAGAGACCUAUGUCUGUUGACAUGUAUGGCACCUCCAACUUGAACGAUCCACGCCACUCCAGCGCUGCCCCCUCUACAGAUGCUGGCAAUGGUAAAACGCGGCCUUUGUCUCUCGGUCCCGCCUUCCAGCGAACAGGAAGAUCAGGAGAGGCAGGAUUCCCUAGCUCUCUUCGUCGAGCUAGGUCCAGUGGCAGUGACUCCUCCAGUAGCUUCAAGCGAGCCAGCCAUUCACCUCGGAGCGAUGGGUCUCACGGCAUGCGCCGAACCAUGAGAGCCGGUGCAAACAUUCGGGGACCUCCCUCUGACCGAACCGAUUCUCCCACCGACCGGCGACCAAUGUCCUCAGGCUCCUCACAGGGGCCAGGAACUUUGCGUAAAACUUUACGAGGGCCACCAGGCGGUGGAAACGAACGAGGUUAUUCAUUCUUCUCGACAAACAAGAAAGCUGCACCCGCACCUCGUGCUCGAUCCACGAAGCCACCGCCUAAAUCAAUGACAGGGUCUCGCUUCGGAGACUCGGAUGACGAAGGCGAUCGCCAGCAACAAGUAUUCCACAGCCGCUUCGCGGAUUCUAGCGACGAAGAGCAGGGCCAGGCCUCUAUGCGGCCUGUCCGCGGUAUUCCUCGUCGCCAAGGUGCCCAUGAUGGAGAUUCCACCGAUCUAGAAGAUAGUUCUGAAGGCGAACGUCGCCAACAGUCUCGUCUUGUGGCUGCGCCUACCGCCGCCCGUGUUCAUCCCACUCCGCCUGCUUCUCGCGAUAAGAAUGCUCCCAACAUGUCUGGCAUGGCCGCCGUGGCCCGGCAGCGUGGCAUGACGCAGCAGGAAUUGGAGGAGUUUGUUAUGCGACCCCAGAAGCAAGGGUUCCUCACCCGAAUUGGUCUCAAGAAGCCAAAGUAUGCUGAUAACCGAAUUCGCAAACUGGAUGCGGAAAGUCCUUCUCGGAAAGAUACUCAUCUAGAACGAUCCCAAUUGCAACGUGAGCAAAUCCGUGGUGCCAGCGUAAAUGGACCCCCUGCCAUAGUGACUACUGUCACGGCCAACCAACCACAGUCACCUCCCCCACAAAAACUUGUGAAGAAGGACUCCAAACGCUAUACAACGGGUGGAGAGCCUUGGUCAUAUCGCUCUGACGCCAAACAUGAGCCAAUCCCUGAGCAGAGUACCAGUGCUCCUUCGUCUCCAUUGCGAACACAAAAGCCAGCACUCGAUGAGAAGGAGCGCAAUGGCAUCGCUAAUACGAACGGGGGAGGGGAGGCAGUAACCGACAAGAUUCCCGAGUCACCCCAGCCCCUCGUGCUGGUCCCAGUGUGA